GACCUUCUAUUUGUUAGGGUUUAAAGUUGGUUAGAACCUCACACUGAUUUUCAUUUCAUCGUUGACACUACAAUGGGAUUCUGGGGGAUUGAAGUGAAACCUGGCAAACCGGUUCCUUAUCAUGCUGACAAUGUGCAAGGAAAGCUUCAUGUCACUCAGGCUACUUUAGGCAAUGGUUCAUCAACCGAGAAAAGCAUUCUUCAGUGCUCUUCUGGACACAAAAGUUCAGUUUUUUUGUGUACGUUGCUACCAAAUAAGGUUGAGUCGUGCCCUCUGAAUCUUGAGUUUGAUGAUGAGGACUUGGUGGCAUUCUCAGUCAUCGGUUCACGGAGCAUCCAUCUUUCCGGUUAUUUUGUAGCAGAUGAUGGCGACGACCUGAGGGAUGACUAUGAGUAUGAUUCAAUGGGAGAGGACGUGGGAACUGAUUCAGAGGAGUCAUCUGAAUAUGAUAGUGAAAAUGGAUAUGAUGAACACUUUUUUGACGAUAGUGAUAUGGACACGUACACAGCUUCGCCAGUCCCAAAUAGUGGAGUUGUGAUUGAGGAAAUACACGACGACAUUGAGCCUGAAAAUGGAGAUAAUUCAGCAAAGCAAUUGAAGAAAAAGGAACAACCAGCUCUCUUGAAAGAGAAACCCAGCAAAAAAGAAAGUGAGCCAGAUCUUGUUCUGGAAAGUGAAGAUGAAGAUGGUUUCCCAAUUUCCACUUCAAAGCAAGCUAAAUCUGAGUCUCAGAAAAGAGAAGCAGCGGCAAAAGAACAAACGGUCAAAAAAACCGGGAAGUCCAAUAAGAAGGCAAAAGAAGCUGAACAUUCUGCUGGCUUAAAGCGAAAAGGUGGAAGGGCUGAUGAGGACGAGCAGCUGCAAGAUGGGAAAAAGAAGAAGAAGAAUAAGUCGAAAGAUGAGGAAAUUGCUCAUGUACCCGAGACUAAUGUUACUGUGGUAGAUGAAAAGCAUUCUGAAGGCGAGGAGAUUAAAACUACAACUAAUCAGAAUGAUGUUUCCCAUGCAAAGGACGAACAUGAUGGAAAACUAUCCAAUGAUGAAGUCCUUGUUGAGAAGAAAAACAAGAAGAAAAAGAAGAAAAAGAACAAAGAGACUGAAGGAGUAGCUUCUGGGAAUGAAAUCGCUACAACUGUUGAAAAUCAGAAGUUGUCUACCUCUGAGGAAAAAGGGAAAGGUCAAGCUGAAGCCAAGCCAUCUAACGUGAGAACAUAUGCAAAUGGGUUGGUUAUAGAGGACAUAUCUAUGGGUAAACCAGAUGGCAGAAGAGCCGAACUUGGAAAGAAGGUCAGUGUUAAAUAUAUUGGCAAACUGAAAAAAGAUGGGAAAAUAUUUGACUCAUGUGUCGGAAAAGCAUCUUUUAAAUUUCGCCUUGGUGUAGGACAAGUCAUCAAGGGGUGGGAUGUUGGAGUCAAUGGGAUGAGGAUUGGUGACAAAAGAAGAAUUACAAUUCCACCAUCUAUGGGAUACGGAGACAAGCGCGUUGGGGCAAUACCACAAAAUUCUUGGCUUGUAUUUGAUGUUGAGUUGGUUGGUGUUGGCGGCAACUAACUUCAAAAAUUCUGCAGUCAUACUGCUUCAGAUUUGUUAUGUUCUGGUCUUAUCAGGGUGAGAAAAAUGUUAAUGCCCAUCAUUCAUUUGCCAUUUUUUGGAAUUGGUUUUUACCUCUCGAGUAUGCAAGAGGUUAGAGCUGAAGUUUUGUAGGAAAUUAUAGUUACAAUUUGCUUUUCUUCAUCCGUACAAUGUUGUUGGUUAUCCGGAGUGUGAAUUUGAUGGAGACUUUAUAUCAGAUAUAUGGAUGAUUUACAUUUA